AAUGAAUUAUUCAAACAAGAUUUUGAAAGUGAGAGGAAAGAUCGAGAAAGAAUAAAAGGUCAACUAAUAAACCUGCAAGAGAAAAGGAAGGAAGCUCAAAUACAAUUUCAUAACCUCAAACAAUCAAACGGCACUUUAGUGCAUGAUUUAGAAGAGAGUAGGAAGGAAAUUGAAUCUUUGGUUCAAAAAAAUGCUCAACUGGAGAAACAACACAAUGAAGAAAUAAGGAAAAUUAAAAAGAAACUCAAAGAACUAGAAGCAGGAGAGACAGACAGAAUAAAAGGAAUUGAAGAAGAGAUGCAAGUAUUAACAGCUCAAGUUAAUGCUUACAGUCGUGAGGUGGAUAAACAGAAAGGAUUAGUGACUCGGAGUCAAGAGAAACACAAAACUGAGGUUAAUGAGUUAAAUGAGAGACUUGAUGAAGAAAUAAAGUCCAAGCAACAACUGAAUAAUGAGCUGGCUGAGAUGAGACAAGAAUUAGAUAGUGUAUCUAAGAAACAUGAAACUGAAACUUCUGAGCUACAAGAGAAAUCAAGACAGCAAGUACAACAAUUUCAACAAAUGAUUCAGGGAGCAAAUGAGAAACUUGAAAAUGAAAGGAAGUCCAAGAAACAACUGGAUAGUGAACUAGCUAAGAUGAGACAAGAGUUAGCCAAUGUAUCUGCUGAUAAAGAAGAAUUAUUAAGAGCUUACGAUCAAGAACAAGUAAUAGUUACUACACUAAAGAAUGAAGUGGAAACAACGAAGAAAGCUAAUAAAGUACUGAAAGACAAACUCCUGAACCUGCAGCAGCUAAUAACCCCUUCAGCCACCUCCCAUAUUCAGCUACCUGCCCCUCAUGGUGCCGGAGGAUUUCAACACGCUUCUCAUCCUUUACCUACCACUAUUGGUACACGCCACAACAUUGUUCCUUCUGCACAAGUUUCUGGUGGUUCUAAACAAGUAGUACAGAGUGAUGGUGAUGGUAAUGGUGAUGGUGUGUUAAUACUACCAAAGACUGAGCAAACAGCCACUACUAUCCUUCAUCCUGAUAGUAAUCCUGAUGAUACUCCUCUAUUGUCUAAAGAAGAAAUGACUAAGAUGUUUAAAUGGCAUGAUCAACAAGGCAGCAGUGAUUGGACUCAGUCACCUCAACAGGUUGAAGACUCGUUAGUAAAAGAAAAAAAGAGAAAAGAAUUAGCAAAGGAAGCUGAUGAUGCAGUACUUGAAGUUGAACGUUUGCGACAAAAUGUAAAAAAGCCAAGCUCCUUUCCUAUGGAAAAACUACCUCCUCCUUCACAGCAAACUUCAUCAAAGCAAAAAACAAAACAAAAGGUCAAAAAAGAUCAAGCAAAGCAACGAGCAUCUGAUGAUUCAGAAUCAGACAUUGAAGAGAAUAAACUGAUUGAUAAUAUUGAUGAAGAGAUACAGCAAAUGGCUGAAGAUGUACGUAAGGGAAGCAGAGGCCCUACUACAGCUGAGGUUCUGUUUGAUGAUGGUGAUAGUUCGUUACCUUACGACCCGAAUCUAGUUUGCCCAAAGUGUGGAAAACAGUAUCGUGUGGGAGAGAUCCAGAAAUUGAGGAGACAUAUAAAUGAAUUCUGCACAGGAAUAAGAUAGAUGAUUAAUGGCUGUACAUUUUGUUUUUGAUUUUUUUUUUUGC